AGCAUACAGUAAAAUACAUACCAAACUUGGCCAGUGAUAAAUUUUCCACGCCUCAUUCCUUACUGUUACCUAAUGAUAAUUGAUUUCCGCACUCAUCCUUCGACGUCAUUCAAAAAUCCAGUAACGGGCUCAGUCUCGAGAAUGUAUUUACACUGGCCUUGGGGCUGAGUCAGGAGUACACCAUAACCAUGGAUGAUGAUAUGGAGUGGACACCUCCCACUGAGGCAGAAAUGAAGGUUAUUCAGGCCAAACGCGAGAGGGCUGACAAGAUAUCUAACCUCAUGGGAUCAUACUUGCUGAAAGGAUACAAGAUGCUCAACGAGACAUGCCCAAAAUGCACCCGCUGAAUUCACAGACGAUCUACCUUCGCGACAAGCAGGACGAGCUCUAUUGUGUGGCCUGUGUGGAGGUGGAUACCGACACAGAGAAGGAUAACCCGGCGUCCAGCGCGGAGGCGGCUCGUCGCCAGGUGGCCGAGUCGCAGUUCGCCUCUCCUGGAGCAGUCCGACGGCGCACGGCCGCGUCCCCGACCGCCGCUGGGGAGUACCGCGCGGCACCCGCACCCCCGCCAGUGUCCGCACCCCCUUCCGCACCGCCCUCCGCGCCCCCGUCCGCACCAGCUACCGUCUCAUCGGCGGCCGCCGCGGCCGGCGCCAGCUCCGCGCCCCCUGCCGACGCAGAGGACGAGGGGGCGCUGUCGGCGGCGGCGGCGGCGGUGCGGGCCAAACUGUCCUGGGCGGCCGGCCAGCUGGAGUCGGCCUCCUCCGUGGAGAGCUCCCUCCAACUGGUGGGACUCGUCAGAGCCUGUGCCGACGCGCUGCAGGCUCUGCGGAGUCCGGCGGCGGCCCAGCAGUCGCCGGGGGUCUGACCUUCGGAGGAACUCAAGACUCGGGGCUGGGAGAAACGGAGCGUGUGGUGGAAGUCGUGUAACAGACGUAGCGUUGUCCUCGUUACGCCUGUCGACGAUGGUGCCUCACGUUUGACUCAUUGUCAUAACUGACCGCUGGUGCUGGCCAUGGCUCGGAUUGAGCGCUGGUGAACACGUAACGAAGUGAUAUUUUUGCAAGCUUGCUGUCGUUCAUUUGAACUGCGUGUGUCUUACAGUUGUUUUCUGUUUUCUAACCAAAUAUAUGUGAUACGCGUCA